AUGGAUGUCCCUUAUUACGGUCUGACAGGAAUCUUUUACAACAAGGCUCGAAACUCCUCAUGUGGGUGCUUACGAGCUCUCGACGCUGACGGGCACGCAAGUGAUGUUGCUCGUAGCGUCGGAGACCGGGCACGUGUACACUUUCGCCACGCGGAAGUUGCAGCCCAUGAUCACCUCGGAGGCAGGGAAGGCCCUUAUUCAGACCUGCCUCAACUCGCCGGAUCCCUGCCCGUCAUCCUCUGGAGGGGACCAGCGCAUGUCGGCGACGGGCUUCGAGGAGACAGAGCUGUCCUACAACAUCGGGGAGGAGGAACAGAAAGUAAGGCAGCUGUACGGGAGCGGCACCGCGGGCCUCAUGGGGGGGCAGGGGCUGGCCCACGGGUCCCCGCACCACCACCACCUCAUGCUCCACCAGUCCCCCCCGCCCCACCUCAUCCCCUGCUCCAGCCCCGGGGGCUACCAGCAGGCCUGCCCAUCCCCCCUCCCCCACUACCCGCCUCAUCCCCACAUGCCCCAUUCCCACCCCCAGCGUUGAGAACUAUUCCUGCUUUGUCAUUCUUAGAGGAUAGUAGCCAUCGUACUUUAUCGUGUCAUUUUAUCACCCUACCCAGAGUAAACGAUCAAAUUCCACUUUGGUGGACUCCAAGGAUCUCAAUUCUAUCUCAACCCACUAUCCCGAUACCAUCUUUAUUCCAAAUUCCGAUAUCUGUAGGAGUAUAUUUUAAACGUAAUCUGUUUCUUCUCUUUGCGUGA